AUGGCCAGCGGCGUAGGCGAGGCGUCGCUGCUCGUCGUCGGCGGCGGGAAGGUGGCCGUAUGGCGCGAGCGCUGCCCUGGGUGCAGGCAGGAGAGGAAGGUGCAGGCCAUUGACGGGAUCCCAUACGCGGACUUCCUCUACAUUUGGAUCGCCUGCCUCUGUGCCUCUCUGCCGAUCCAGUCGUUGUUCCCUUAUCUAUACUUCAUGAUCAGGGACUUGAAAGUGGCAAAAGAAGAGCAAGACAUUGGAUUUUAUGCUGGUUUUGUUGGGGCUACCUAUUUCCUUGGAAGAACCAUCAGUGCCGUGCCAUGGGGCAUGUUUGCUGACAAGUAUGGAAGGAAGCCAUGCAUUGUGAUCAGCAUCCUCUCAGUGAUUGUGUUCAACACACUUUUUGGACUUAGCACAACUUACUGGAUGGCAAUUGUAACUAGGGGAUUACUUGGGUUGCUAUGUGGUAUACUAGGACCCAUCAAGGCUUAUGCUUCAGAAGUCUGCAGGAAAGAGCAUCAAGCUCUGGGAAUCUCUCUUGUUACAUCUUCACGAGCGAUAGCUCUUGUUAUUGGGCCAGCAAUUGGAGGCUUUCUUGCACAGCCUGCACAAAAGUACCCAAAUCUUUUCUCCGAAGAGUCCAUAUUUGGGAGGUUUCCAUACUUCCUCCCUUGCUUCGUAAUAUCAUUACUAGCAGCAGGAUCAUGUAUUGCAUGCAUUUGGCUUCCGGAAACGCUACAUUUUCAUGAUGAUGCCAAACUAGAAGCUAUUGAAGAACUGGAGGCACAAGUUGGUCACUCCGAAUCUACAAAAAAUCUGCUAAAGAAUUGGCAAUUGAUGUCAGCAAUAAUCCUCUAUUGUAUCUUUUCCCUGCAUGACACAGCUUAUCUCGAGAUAUUUUCACUAUGGGCUGUGAGCAGUAGAAAAUUUCGGGGCCUUAGUUUGACAUCCCAGGAUGUUGGUACUGUACUAGCCUUCUCAGGUUUUGGUGUACUCGUAUACCAACUUGCUAUUUAUCCUUUCCUUGCAAAGUAUUUUGGACCAAUCAAGACAUUUCGGCCUGCGGCGAUCCUGUCGAUCAUUCUCCUCACUACGUAUCCCUUCAUGGCCAAUCUACAUGGCCUGGAGCUCAAAAUACUUAUCAACAUGGCAUCAGUUUUGAAGAACAUGUUUGCUGCUACUAUUACUAUUGCGUGCAACAUUCUACAGAACACUGCAGUGACACAAGAGCAGAGAGGUGUUGCUAAUGGCAUCUCUGUUACUCUGAUGUCCAUGUUCAAAGCUGUAGCUCCAGCAGCAGCAGGAAUUCUGUUCUCAUGGGCUCAGAAGCAUAUAAGCGGACUGUUCUUACCAGGAGAUCAGAUCUUGUUCCUAAUGCUAAACAUGGUGUCCGUGAUUGGUCUGGUGCUGACGUUCAAGCCAUUUUUCUCCCUACCAAAUUCAAUGAGGCAUUCGUAA